CGUCACUCUGUGUAUUGGACACGCCAGUUUUUGCUCAACAGGAUGCAGCCAACAGGAGCCACUUUUAUUAGGAGGGAACUCUUCCUUCUCCAGUAGGACUAGCACAGGACUUGGUGGGUGACAAGUUGCUGCUAGGAGCAGCAGGAUGGUGCAAUGAGCCUCAGCUGGAGGCUAGAGCUCCCUGGCUACAACCAACAUUUACCAAGUAUUGUGAAACUAGAAACCAUCAGUAUUGGUAGUGUUGGUUCCGGUGGUAAUGUUACUAGCUUCUUUGUUACUUAGAAGAAAAUCUAGACCUAGCAUGGCAGUGUUCCUCAUACCUGCUUUCUUUUCUGAUUUCUUCUGCAUACAUGGAGUGACAACCCACCCUGCCUCAGCUUGCAGGUUUAUGGGUGUGUCUUACCAGCAGCUGAGAAACCAGCAGAGAGAGGCAGCAGUAAUAUGGAUCUGCUUGCACUGGCUAUUGGCACACCCAUAGGACUAGCUGUUACUGCACUCACAGCUGUGGCCAUAACUGUGAUUGGAGUGUAUUGCAAAAGGAGGUGUACAUUUUUAAUAUACCUGCGGACAAGGCCUGAGAUUGAAAUGCAGGUCGGUGUCCCUGCCAGCAGAUGCCAAACACUAUAGACCAAACCCUUCAAACAGAAAUCUGUCACAGCAGAGAUCAUCAGAACAGACCAGGACUAGAAGACACCCUGACAGCACUCUAUGCUAGCAAUAUUUCCACAUUCUACGUUCUAAAAACGUUUUCUUCUCAAUACAGUGCAAGUUCCAAGGUUCCAGGAGAAAACAUGCAAUCUCAAAACGAAGUCUAGCUCCACUGGCGCAUACCAAACUGUUACCACCCACCACCUUCAAGGCAGUGAGGAGCCCAUCCUCUCCUCUGAGAGGGUGGGCUCUUGCAAGAACCAGCUGAAUGAGGCCACCACCACACUAUGUGAAUAUUGGAGCGUCCUAUGUUAAUGUUGGACACCCCUGCCCAGUCCUGAUCACACCCCCGGAAGAAGGGUGGAGAGACAAUAAAAAGAAAAAAGCAACAGCAAGAGAGCCGAUCUUACGCCAACAGCUGGAUCUGGCAGCCAAUCCCAUCUUUCGACACUAGCAACUAUUAGUCAUGAGCACCAGUGGAGGUGCAUUAAUAUUGAUUUAAACAAUCACUGAUAGCACACACCUUUAUGUGUGAGCCAAUUGUGCUGAGAUCUGGAAUGUAUUUGGUAAUUCAUGAACGGGAUACACAAAUGCCUUUUUUGUAAUUCUUGGCUUUGUUCUUCCAGCAUGAAUGCUGAGGUUGCUAAUGGCCUGACAUCUGUAGCUUCACGCUUUAACUCAAUAGCACUUUCUGUUCCAAACAAAGCAGAACACAACUAUGUUUGUCAAACAGUGUGUGAGUCAACAAAUUGCCUGAGGAGAAGGACAUGAAAGGUAUAGAAAGAGAGUGACAUGUGCUGACAAGUUCACUUGUGGGCUGAGCCAUAUUGACCUGAAUAGCUCAAUGCCCACCUUCGAUGUGCUAGACAUAUCAUUUAUUAAGCAUAAAAAUCCUCCCUUCACAUUGAAUGUGUCAAGUUCAGGGUGCAGAAAUUACCUUGCUACCUAUGCCAAUAUCAGUGGAUAACAAGGCCAUAUUUGUAAACUACCUGUAUUAGUGUAGUGAGACUUCUAAUGCACCUUAGGUUACACUUUGCUAAGGAAUCCUCUCUGCAUUGAGUUGUGUCUGAAAAAACUACAUACUUCAGUAUGUCAAAGAACACUUUUGGUGUUACCGUUACAUUACAGAGUCUUGGACACCUGUGCUAUCGCUUUGCAUGCCUUUCAGCCAGUUCAUAACUGGCCACUUAUGAGCCAAAAGCCAGUCACGCCGACCACCAUUUAGAGGCUUGGCUACUGCAAUUACGUGUUUCCAUGGAGUACAAUGGAAUGUGGUAUCUGUUCAUUUGAGUAGUGUUCUGGAACUGUUCAAAGGCAGACGCCUUGGCCUGCAGUGCUCAGUAUUGUCGAGAUCUGUGAGGCUGAAUUGCAACAUUUGAGCUGCAGUACAGGCAGGCCGUAAUGGGGAAGCUGCAGUGGAUGUGUGUGAUUCUUGCUGUCUGUACUGGUCUCAGCUGUGGACUAACAGUUUGCCCAGUGAACAAGUUGCAGUUUCUCUCUUACAAUACAACACUGCUACCACGUCAUAAUGUGCAAGCCUCAAGUGAAAAUGCAGAGAUGAACACAAUUGAUCAUUUCAUCAAGAAAAGCACAGAGCCCUGGUGCAGUGAAUUUGGAGAUGCUUUGAGGCCUAACCUACACAUCAACCUGACGUUUACUGAGCCAGUGGUCAUCACUUUUCUGGAGUCUGACGGAUACUACAACAGCUUUGUGGACAAGUUCAGCAUCCAGUAUGCUCUGGGGUCAGAGGCUGGAGUCUUUAUGCCUUAUGGAUUUCUCCAAAUGCCUCAGGUGUUUACUGUGCAACAUAACGGGAACCUUUUCGAUGGAGCCUACUUCAGCCUGGAGAGGCAGCUGGUAGCUGAGAGGUUGCGACUUGAUAUCCGACACUCUAUAUUUGAUUCAAGUAACAGGUCUUGCUGGAUCCUGCGGAUCUUAGGCUGCACCUUCAGAGAAGCAAUGGUAAUUCCAGAUGGGGGAGAGCCGGGCGAUGGUGUGGGUACCCAGCCCUGCCUAAUUAGCUCUAACGAGGGAAUGAUGAUCAUGAACACUGCCUACCCUGAGCCCACUGGGCUACCGAGUCAACCCUGCACCCAGCCAGCCAUCCCUGACACUGAGGCCUCUAUCAGCACUGAGAGGAUAAUGACAGUUGUAGUGCCUGUGGCAGUGGCUGCUACUGUGCUGUGUGCAGUGAUUGUUGGCAUCGGAAUUCUCUGCUGCUACAUAAUUGUGGCCAGAAAAACACAGCAGAUUGGAAAGAGUUACAAAGAGGGUGUGACUGUAAAAGUGCUUGGCCGCAGAAAUGUUCCCGUGCCAAUUGAGCCAGGAAAUGAACAGAAGGCAUUUGUUGCCAAUGGAACGACGUCGUCUCGGAAGGAGAGCAUUUGCAGUGACAGCGACUCCUUCCACUACGACAUGCCAAGAGCCACCAUGUACGAUGUUCCUCGCACUCCUCCCCAGAGACAGAGAACUGGCACGGUGUCCAGCAGCAAUGAGUACCGGAACCCUAUCUAUGACGGAGCUAGCAGCAAGGAAUCCAACACCUAUGAAAGCAUUCCCUAUGAUCUGGAGAGGAUGGGGCAAAGGACCCGUGCAGCCUCAGAGAACCUGACCAAGGCGGAGACCAGGGCCCGCAGAGCAUCCGACAUGCUGCCACAUCUGCAAGGCCGGGCAAGUGAGCAAGAGGGUUCGAGCCCAGCCAUGCACCGCUCAGACCCCCAGAUUGUGCAGUACUCCACUGUGGACAAGUCCAAGAAAAGCAAAGAACCAGUGCCAGUAUUUGAGGCACUUUAUGACCAGUCUUCCAGGGAUGACAUUGAUACACCUAUCACCUCAUGACUCCACCUGCACACAAACAAAACUGUUUCAUUAAAUUGUAGUCCUUAUUAUUGCAUGGCAUGACUAUUUCUAUCACUGUUGAAUACAUGAAGCAGAUGAGUGUCAGACUAGUCUGGGCUUCAGUUUAUAGUGUAUGAUGAGAGGAGGCUGUUUCUUCAGCCAGUACGAGAGCCAGAUGAACUUGAGAGUGCUGUCUUUGUGAAGUAUGUUUUCGUCACACACCAGGUCGAGCUCAUAGAGGGCAGGCACACACAGUUUGUGGACCAGAAACCACUUCAGCUGAUGAACUGCUGCACGGGAAGACAUGCGCAUGAACUUCCGAGUCAGCUCCUGCAACUGCACUGAAGGAUAGUCAGCAACUGUUGAGUGUGGCUCGACCUGCAGAGAUAAGAGGUCUUCAUCUCUGCUGAAGUGGUUCUGAGAAAACUCGGUGCUCGUAUCCACCGGGUCCAUCGGAGGUGGGCGACAAUUGGGAUCGGCUUCUCCUCGUUCCAAGUAAAAUCUUUCUCGUCUUUCUCUUUCUUCCUUGUAGAGCCCCGGUACCAGCUUGUAGACAAUAUCUUGCAUGGUUCUGUCUGGGCGGAGGUUAAGCAGCGGCUGAGUCUCGUGAACAACAGUCGUGCAGAUGGGGCAACUGUUGCAAGUCUGCAGGUAUUUCACGAUGCACGUCUUACAGAAGGUGUGAAGACACUCGGUAAUGGUGGUGGCGUCGACGAGAUAGCCGGCACACAGGCUGCACAUAAUGUGCUGGUUGAUGGCUUUCAUGCUUACACGACUCUGCAUCGUUUCUUCUUCAGCAGUUGACUCUGCGGUCCGUCUUC